UGAGGCGCAGCCACGCCCCUUACCGGGGUUUCUGUGGAGCUGCGGCGGUGCCGGCUUCGAGCAUCCCUGCCCUGGCAGGCUGGGGGACUACGAGACUGCAGCUCCGGCGGCCAGCUCCGCAGAGGACAUGUCCAACGAUGCUGCUGCUGCCCCCACAGCUGCAGAGGCAGCAGGUGACACCCACCUGCUGGGCUUCUCAGAUGAGAUCCUCCUGCAUAUCUUGAGCCAUGUCCCCAGCACAGACCUGGUUCUCAAUGUGCGGCGCACCUGCAGGAAGCUCUCGGCCCUGUGCUUGGACAAGAGCCUGGUGCACACCGUGCUGCUUCAGAAGGACUACCAGGCCAGUGAGGACAAGGUGAAGCAGCUGGUGAAGGAAAUUGGUCAGGAGAUCCAGCAGCUGAACUUGGCAGGCUGCUAUUGGUUGUCGGGCUCUACCAUCGAGCAUGUGGCCCGCUGUCACAGCCUGGUGAAGGUGAACCUGUCAGGCUGCCACCUCACCUCCCUGAGGCUGUCUAAGGUGCUUUCAGCCCUGCAACAUCUGCGCUCACUGGCCAUCGACGUGAGCCCCGGCUUCGAUGCCAGCCAGCUGAGCAGUGAGUGCAAGGCCACGCUGAGCCGAGUACAGGAGCUCAAGCAGACGCUGUUCACACCAUCCUAUGGUGUGGUGCCCUGCUGUGCCAGCCUGCAGAAGUUGCUGCUCUACUUUGAGAUCCUGGACCGCACACGUGAGGGUGCUGUCCUCUCCGGCCAACUCAUGGUGGGCCAGAGCAACGUGCCCCAUUACCAGAACCUGCGUGUCUUCUAUGCACGCCUGGCUCCUGGCUACAUCAACCAGGAAGUGGUGCGACUCUACCUCGCCGUGCUCAGUGACCGCACGCCUGAGAACCUGCAUGCCUUCCUCAUUUCUGUCCCUGGCAGCUUCGCGGAGAGUGGGGCCACCAAGAACUUGCUGGACUCCAUGGCCCGCAAUGUGGCCUUGGAUGCCCUGCAGCUGCCCAAGUCAUGGCUGAACGGCUCCACCCUUCUCCAGCAUAUGAAAUUCAACAAUCCCUUCUACUUCAGCUUUAGCCGGUGUACACUGUCAGGUGGCCACCUGAUCCAGCGGGUCAUCAAUGGGGGGAAGGACCUGCGCAGCCUGGCCAGCCUUAACCUCAGUGGCUGUGUGCAUUGCCUGUCUGCAGACUCGUUGCUCCGUAAGGCAGAGGACGACAUUGACAGCAGCAUCCUGGAGACACUGGUAGAGUCCUGCUGUAAUCUGCACCACCUCAAUCUCUCAGCUGCCCACCACCACAGCUCUGAUGGCCUGGGCCGCCACCUCUGCCAGCUCCUGGCCCGGCUCUGCCACCUGCGUUCCCUCUCGCUGCCUGUCUGCUCUGUGGCUGACUCAGCACCUAGGCCUGACCGCGCGCCUGCCCCGCCGGCCAUGCAUGCAGUGCCCCGUGGCUUUGGCAAGAAGGUGCGCAUUGGGGUUCAGACCUGUCCCAACCCCUUCCUGGGCCAGUCGGCCCCCCAGCCUGCCUCUGUGUUCUGGUCUCUGCUGAAGAAGCUCCCUUAUCUGGAGCACCUGGAACUGAUCGGGUCCAAUUUCUCCUCAGCCAUGCCACGCAAUGAGCCUGCCAUUCGCAACUCACUCCCACCCUGCAGUCGGGCACAGAAUGUUGGGGAUUCAGAGGUGGCUGCCAUUGGUCAGCUGGCCUUCCUGCGGCACCUGACACUAGCCCAACUUCCAGGCAUGCUGACAGGCUCUGGACUAGUGAGCAUUGGCCUACAGUGUCAGCAGCUGCAGUCUCUGUCGUUGGCCAACCUGGGCAUGAUGGGGAAGGUGGUGUACAUGCCUGCUCUUGCUGACAUGCUGAAGCACUGCAAGCGGCUGAAGGACCUGAGGCUGGAGCAGCCCUAUUUCAAUGCCAACGCACAGUUCUUCCAGGCACUGGGCCAGUGUUCAUCUCUGCAGCGCCUGUGCCUGGUUUCUCGAAGUGGCACCCUGCAGCCGGAUGCUGUGCUGGACUUUAUGGCCCGUUGCCUGCAAGUUGUCGUGUGUCACAUGUUCACUGGAGAAUCCCUCAUCACCUGCAAGAACCUGCAGCAGGCACUCCUCCGGAGUUUCCAGGCUGAGAGGCCCGCCUUGAAUGUCGUCAUCUUCCCCCUGCUCCACGAGGGCCUGACAGAUGUCAUCCGAGAUGUCCCCAUGGUGCACCUGGACGAGAUCACCUUAUUUAAAAGCAGAGUGGCUGAGGAGCCACCGAACCUGUGGUGGUGAGAGGGCUGCCUGGCCCCCAAGCCCCUCCACUCCUGCCAGCAGAGCCUCCAAGAAGCCAGCGAACAGUGGGCCCUUGUUUUGUGACAGGAAGAAAGAGUUUCCAGUUGUUCUGAGACAUUCACCCCAGUCUCUCCAGGUCUCCUCUCUCUUACUCUUAGGAGUACUGGGGCUCAGUGACAAGCGAUGAGGUGGGCCAUGGAUGUGAGAGCAGUGGACGAGCCAUACUGGCCUUCAGGGCCUGGUCACACUCCCAGGGGCUUUGUGGGCUGCAGGCCCCAGGCCACCUACUUACUUCAGCCUGGGUACUGUCCCUCAGCCCCUUUGCCCAUGGUAAUCUACAGUUGAGCUGUAUCCACAUGGGGUCAGGGUGGGCCGGGCUCUCACUGUGAAAUACCCACAAUGACAUCUGUGAGCCUGUGGCUCCUUUUCCUACUGAGACAGAUUUUGGACAUGGUCCAAUGGCAGAGCACUAGCCUAGUGUGUGUGAGGCCCUGGUUCCAUCCCCACCACAAAGAAAAAGAAAAUGUUUUAACUCAAUGGUGUCUCUGGGAUGCUUUCAGCCCAAUGAUACCCAUGGGGCAGCAAUUGUGGGAUGGCACCAUCCCCAAGCUGAGCCUGAGGACUCGGGCCUGUAUCUCACAAGUGGUCACUUCUCCCCCAUAGUUCACGGGCUUCUGCUUAAAAAGUCUAGGUGCUGUGGAGAUGUGAAUGCUUCCUAGGGAGUCCACAACCACUGGCCUUGUUAGGAUAGCUAAAAACAGUAAAAGCCAGAGUGGGCAUAGGACGCUGGAGCAGGGAUCACAAACCUGUUUAGUCAUUACAAAGAUUCACUGAGAGCCAUGGGUGUGCAUGGGCCCCGGUUUCCAUUCCCAGCACUGCAUAGUCCUUCCUGGUGGCUCACACGUGUAAUCCUAGCAUUCAGGAGGUCAAGGCAGGAGCUUUCAGCAUCUUCAGCUACAUAAUUGAGGAAGAGGCUGGCCUGAACUACAUAAGACCCCAUUUUAAUCUCAAUAAACCAAAAAAAAAAAAAAAAA